AUGACAGUGUGUAGCACUGCCUGGGAGCAAGACGGGCAGAGCGCUGGGCCCCUUGUUCCCCGGGGGCAGAAAGAUGCUCUUUCACCACCUGCUGAGCGCGGGUCGAACCCUGCGCAGUUCGACCUUGACUUCGUGUCCUGUAUGAUACCCGAGGUGGAGCGGGCAGCGCUCCUGGAGGUGGCCACUACCUUGCUUCUGGUUGAAGUGCCCGAAAGGCCGAUUCAAGAGGAGCAUGAUGAAGAAUUUCAGAAGAUGCACCACUCGCUGCUGGAAGGGGAUGUGUCAGAGGGCACUUUGCAAAGUCCCGAGGGCGGACGUCUGUUCCGCCACACCGGUGGGAUCCCCAAUAUGCUGCUGAAUGCGGAAGGCGCCCAGACUUACUUGUGCCACGUAGCGGUUUUCAUCCUGUGA